AUGGGGUUGUUGGACUUGUUCCCGCCCAAUCUUGAACGCGAGCAUCGCAGUGGACUGGACGCCGCGUCCCGCGCAACGCUGCACACGCUGCGCCACUCGCCGAUUGCCACGUACGCAGGUGCAUCGUCCACCCUUGUGUGCGGACCAGCUCAAAGCGGCAAAACGUACCUGCUCUUCAGCUACGCAACGCGACUCGCCGCUCAAGGGCGCGAUGUCGUCUUCCUCUGUCCGGAUCGCGAUCGGCUGAGGGCCGUGCUGCCGUUCCUCGAGCAUGUGGUCACAGCCGCAGCGCGCGACGCGAGCUCGGACUCGCUGGGGGUCAGCUCCACGACGACUGGAGACUCGGCCGCUCAGAACGCGGGUGUGGCACCAGUCACAUUCGAUCAGAUUCUGAAGCGAAUUCACAUCAAGUACAUUGUCACGUCCGCCAAGCUCCGAUGCUUCUUGGCUUCAGCGCACAUGACAAACGAGCCAGCAUCCGUUGUGAUUGUUGAUGACUAUCUUGCGUUCUUUGGCGACGCCAACAAGACAACACAAACACUCUCCCAUGCUGUCGCCAAGACGUCUGCGUUAUUGGUCGAGACUUGCAACUAUCUGACCUCAACUCAUCCGGCACAGCCCACUACGCUGCUGGUCGCGGAUUCGCUUCUUCGCCUGGUUCUGCCUCCGCCUGCGCUUGUCGAGUUGCUCGAGCGGUGGUUUCCGUUGGUGGUUCAGCUCGGGUUACAAUCACAAGCGCAAUCCCAGUCGCUGCCACCGGCUGCUGGCCUCACCCACCAUUCCAUGACCGUUCUCCGCGUCAACAAGCACGACGAUCCGUUUGGCACUGCGUUGCAUUUCACACUCUCCGCGAACGGGCUUUCGCUCGCCAAUGCCGCGAUGCGGUCCCCGCCAUAGUAGAUGCAACAAGACUCGAGGCGUCUUGCAUUUUUUAUUUAUUCAUGAGCAGCAUGAACAACGGAGAACGGCAAUCUAUGAAUUUGGGGGUUUUGCACAACCAACCCAACGAAACCCCCGAAUUGUCAUGUUUC